AUAUGCUUCGAUAAUUACUUUUCGAUUUGUUGAGCAAAAUAUGUAUAAAAGGCUGAGGAAAUUUUCAAAAAAUUAUCAAAACCUAGUACCUUUACUUGGCGCUUCUGAUACUUCAGGAAAAUUAAGAAAGCAAUGGAGUUUCGCGUUUCCUUCAUUCAGCUUCUCUCCCUUGCCUUGUUGUUGACCACUGUCAUCGCUAUCCCCCCGGACCAUGUUCAACUACCUCCUGGGCAGAACGCUCGAGAAUGCAAAGUUGCUUCAGAUUGUCCUGGAAAUUCGUACUGUGACGUCACCCGACAAUGUGCGUGUCGUUUUGAAGUAGCAGUAGAAGAUCCAUUGACUUGCUGUGCACUUUGCCCUUGUGAUGCGGUAUGUUGUAAAGGCAACUUAACUUCGCUCGGAUGUCUGCCAGGCGACUGCUUUAUUUGUCCGUUACUCUCCAGCACCGGUGCAUGUGGUGGUGACAACUGUGGCGGAGUUGUUGAUUUGACACAAGUGGGAGCGAUGACAAUAACGGCAACUGACAGUGAUAAUGAUGGUAUUUAUGACGAUAACUUGGACUGUUGGUGGGCCUUUACAGUAGACGAGGGGACGAUUGUGUUUGAAUCGAACUUCUUCAACAUAGAAUUCCAAUCUAGCUGCGGUUUUGACUGGGUUCAGCUCCUUGAUGGAUCUGGCGAGUUCCUUGGUGGCCAGGCGAAGUAUUGCGGCACAACCAUUGGCUCAAGCUUCCAGACUACAAGUCGUUCCUUGUACCUCUGGUUCCACACAGAUUUCUGCUGCGUUACCGGUGGCCCUCCAACCGGGUUCAACUUCACCGUGAAGGCGGUAUUACCCUGAACCUCGGACAUGGAAGUGUUGCAAUCGAAAUAAAUAAAAACAAUACAAUACAAAUUCAUAUUUUCCUCUUGAAGUUAUUGCAAACACUAUUAAA